AUGGAUUCUGACGCCACUAACAGAUUUGUCCCCGAAUAUCGCCGUACUAAUUUUAAAAACAAGGGCCGUUUCCAGAGCGAUGAGUUGAGAAGAAGAAGAGAAACACAUCAAGUUGAUUUGAGAAAACAAAAGAGAGAAGAAGUGUUAGCCAAAAGAAGAAACUAUGCCAAUCAAGGUAACGAGUCUGAAGAUGAAGAAGAGUAUAAUCCCACCGCCAAUAGUGACGAGAACCAAUUCUACAACAAAUUGAAACAAGAUUUGCCCAAGAUGCUUGAGAUGAUCCAGGCACCAGACUUUGAUAGCCAACUCGCAGCUACAGUUAAAUUUCGUCAAAUCUUGUCGCGUGAACAUAACCCACCGAUUGAUUUGGUCAUCCAAAGUGGAGUAAUCCCAACUUUGGUUGAGUUUAUGAAGGAGGACCACCCUGAUAUGUUACAGUUGGAAGCAGCGUGGGCAUUGACCAAUAUUGCCUCUGGAGACUCAGCACAAACCCGAGUUGUUGUUGAAGCCAAUGCGGUGCCAUUAUUUGUCCAGUUAUUGUAUUCGCAAUCUCUUGAGGUCAAAGAGCAAGCCAUCUGGGCUCUUGGUAAUGUUGCUGGUGAUUCUUCUGACAAUAGAGACUAUGUUUUAAGCUGCAAUGCCAUGGAGCCGGUCUUGCAAUUGUUUAACUGCACCAAAAUGUCAUUAAUUAGGACUGCAACCUGGACGUUGUCGAACUUGUGCCGUGGUAAGUCGCCACAGCCAGAUUGGAAUAUUGUAUCACAAGCAAUCCCAACUUUGGGGAAGUUGAUUUAUUCUGUUGAUGCUGAGACUUUGGUCGAUGCGUGCUGGGCCGUCUCGUACUUGUCUGAUGGUACAUCUGAGGCGAUCCAAGCCGUUAUUGAUGCUCGAAUCCCCCACCGUCUUGUUGAAUUAUUGGGACAUGAUUCUACGUUGGUGCAAACUCCGGCUUUGCGAGCCAUAGGAAAUAUUGUUACCGGAAGCGAUUACCAGACGCAAAUUGUCAUUAAUGCCGGGGUGUUGCCUGCAUUAGCGCCAUUGUUAAACUCUACCAAGGACACAAUCAGGAAAGAGGCAUGCUGGACAAUUUCCAAUAUCACUGCCGGUACUACUGAUCAAAUCCAAGCAGUCAUUGAUGCCAACUUGAUUCCACAAGUGAUUAGAUUAUUGAUCCAUGGAGACUACAAGACGAAAAAGGAAGCAUGCUGGGCAAUUUCGAAUGCUUCUUCCGGUGGGUUGACCAAACCUGACCAAAUCCGUUAUUUGGUAAGCCAAGGAUGUAUCAAGCCAUUGUGUGAUUUAUUAUCGGUUGCUGAUUCCAAGAUAAUCGAGGUUACAUUAGAUUCCUUAGAGAACAUUUUGAAGAUGGGAGAAAUGGACAAAGAGGCUAGAGGCGCUAGUGUUAACGAGUAUGCUUUGUUCAUUGAAGAAGCUGGUGGCAUGGAAAAGAUUUUUGAGUGUCAAAACAACCCCAACGAAAAGAUUUAUCAAAAAGCAUUUAGUAUCAUUGAAAAGUAUUUCUCUGAUGACGACGGUCAAAUCGAUGACGAAAACAUUGUUCCUGAAAGUUAUGGCAAUUCAUUUGGUUUUGGUAUGGAUGCCAACCAACAACAACAAAACUUUCAAUUUUAG